CACACACACACACACACAUACACGUACACGCACGCACACACGGAGCAUCCUCCCGUCAGGUUUCCCGGUCCAGCCCCGCCCGCGCCUCCUGCUUCCCGCAGACCUUCUCCCUGCAUCCCUACACACAUCGCCUCUCCAUUCUUUCCGGCCCCGGGACUCUCCCCGCCGAUCCCCCACAACACCCUGGGAUGGAGCGACUCCAGCCAGCCCGGAGCCCCCCGCGACCGGGGUGAAAGUCCUUCGCCCCUCUCCUGCCCGGCACUCGCCCCGAACACCAUGGGCCUGAGGGGUUCCCGGGGCGCCGGACGCUGAAAAUGACGGAUGCUGGAGCUCUCUUGAGUCAUGGCUUCCUCAAAGCUCCGAGAACCUGUGGAUGAAGUUUUUGACCUGGACUUGGCUGUACCAGAGACCACCAGACUGGACAGCAGCUUACACAAAGCCAGGGCUCAACUGCUGGCUAAGGGCCGGAGACACCGGCCUUCCCGUUCCAGGCUACGAGACAGUGCCAGCUCUGCCGAGGACGGUGAAGGCUCUGAUGGGCCCGGAGGCAAGGUGACCGACGGCUGCGGUAGCCCGCUGCACCGGCUGCGUUCGCCUCUGCACUCGGGUCCAGGCUCCCCAGCCAGUGGCUCUUUCUGCCUGGAGCCCCCGGGCUUGAGGCGCAGUCUGGAUGAGGACGAACCGCCGCCCUCGCCACUCGCUCGAUACCGGCCCCUGCACAACGCCGCCUCGCAUGAGGGCCUGGCCGCCACCUCCGGCUCGCCACCACGCUCUGCACCCUCCUCCGACAGUUCCCCCAGCUUCGUGCGUCGCUACCCCCGAGCAGAGCCGCACAGCGAAGAUGACAGCCGGGAUGCCAGCCCCCCUGAGCCUGCCAGCCCCACCAUCGGCUUGGACAAGAAGACUCGCAGGAAAUUCCUGGACCUGGGGGUCACUCUCCGCCGAGCAUCCACCAGCAGGAGCCGGAAGGAGAAGGGUAGCAACCGCCUGUCCAUGGGCAGCAGGGAGUCUGUAGAAGGCUCUGGAAGGACAGGAAGCUCCCCGUUCCUGCCCUUUUCCUGGUUCACGGACAGCGGCAAGGGCUCUGCUUCCUCGGGGAGUACCACCUCCCCGACCUGUUCCCCCAAACACGAGGGCUUCAGCCCCAAGAAGUCAGCUUCCCAGGAAUCUACCCUGAGCGAUGACUCCACACCCCCCAGCAGCAGCCCCAAGAUCCCCGGUGGUCCUCGACAGGAGACCAAAUGCUCCUAUCCCUACCACACGCUGUCCCAGUCUUCAGAUGAGUUCCUGGAUGAGUCCCUCCCUGCCGUACAACACUGGACCAGCCAGCAGGUGGGCCAGUGGCUGCAGAGCCUCAACCUGGAGCAGUAUGCUGCCGAGUUUGCUGCCCGGCAGGUGGAUGGGCCGCAGCUCCUGCAGCUGGAUGGAAGCAAACUGAAGAGCCUGGGGCUCAGCAAUUCGCAUGACCGAGCACUGGUGAAGCGGAAGUUGAAGGAGCUGGCAGCGGCUGCUGAGAAGGAACGGAAGGCGCAGGAGAAGACCGCAAGGCAGCGGGAGAAGCUGCGGCGCCGCGAGCACGAUGCCAAGAAGAGCUAGGGAUGGCUGGCGGGGCUGGCACCCCGGCGCACUUGCAGCCACCUACAUGGGCCUCACCAGGGAGGCAGGGUCCAGGCACCAGGCUCUCGGAGCACGCGGCCCCCCUCUCACCCUGUUUGGACUGAGUCCUCUGGAGGGAGACCCCAGGGGGCAGGGCCCAGUAAUAAACCCAAUUUCGAGGACUUGUUUGGCGCAGACUUCCAGGGGGAAGCAGGUGGCCGAUGAAGAGGGCAGAGGCCAGGAAUGCAGCAAACACGGAGCCCAGAGGAGCCUGGUUCAGGUGGAACCUCCGCCCUCUGACUAGAGUGGUCCGAGCAGGAAGAAAUCUAGCAGGAGAGGCCCUACCAUGGCCAGGAUUCCUAGGUUUAGAGAGUAGCCUGGGCAACCCGACUGGAGACAGGAGACAGCUGUGUCUCCUCACCGUUUGAAGGUGGCUGUGUGGUGGGAGAACAGAUCUCCCCAGAGAGGCCAGUGGGAAGUGCCAGUAGCACUCAGGGUGGAUUCCUAGACACCUCCUCAGAGGAGAGAGAGAGCAGGGCAGGGUAAGCUGGCCUCUGUAAGGACAGCAGAGGGGGAGAAGGGAGCUCUCACUCUCUCUCUCUCUCUCUCUCUCUCUCUCUC